AGGAUUUUUUACCCCAUGUUUUAUGCUUAGCCAAAACAACCAUAAUUCCUAAGUUUCUUAUCCACGCCAUGAAUAUAUAAUCAUCUCUGAUGCUAUUUGCAUUCAUCCACAACUCACUACUGUGUGAGCAAGAAGAGUGUCAAUUAUGGAGAGUAGAUUGAGAUGGUUAAUAUGUUUAUUGCUAAUCGGUAGUUUUAGUAGUAAUUGUUGUGCGUCCAAAAGCAUGAUAAUGCGGCUGUCUACUGCGGAAAAUAUGGAAGAUUUGCUCACCAGACGCAAUCUUCUUUCCAAUGGACUUGGCUCCACUCCUCCCAUGGGGUGGAACAGUUGGAAUCAUUUCGCCUGCAAUAUUGGUGAAAAAACCAUCAAAGAAACUGCUGAUGCUCUGGUUUCAACUGGUCUUUCUAAGCUUGGAUACAUAUAUGUCAACAUUGAUGAUUGUUGGGCUGAAAGUUCUCGUGACAACAAGGGUCGUCUAGUGGCUAAGAAAUCCACAUUCCCAUCUGGAAUUAAAGCUCUCGCGGACUAUGUCCACAGCAAGGGUCUUAAGCUAGGAAUUUACUCAGAUGCAGGCUAUUACACUUGUAGCAAAAAACAGCCCGGUUCGCUUGGUCAUGAGGAACAAGAUGCCAAAACCUUUGCGUCAUGGGGCAUAGAUUACUUGAAGUAUGACAAUUGUAAUAAUGAUUUCUCAAAGCCAACUCAACGGUACCCCGUGAUGACCCGAGCAUUAAUGAAUUCAGGCCGACCAAUCUUCUUCUCUCUAUGUGAAUGGGGCGAUCUGCACCCGGCUUUGUGGGGUUAUAAUGUAGGAAAUAGCUGGAGAACUACUAAUGAUAUCUCAGAUAACUGGGAUAGUAUGGUCUCAAGAGCAGAUCAGAAUGAAGUCUAUGCAGAUCUGGCGAGGCCCGGUGGCUGGAAUGAUCCCGACAUGCUUGAAGUUGGAAAUGGGGGGAUGACAAAAGACGAAUACAUUGUUCACUUUAGCAUAUGGGCUAUUUCCAAGGCACCUCUUCUUAUUGGUUGUGACGUGAGAAAUACAACGAAAGAAGUUAUGGAAAUCAUUGCAAAUAAGGAGGUGAUUGCUGUGAAUCAAGACAAGCUAGGUGUUCAGGCUAAAAAGGUUAGGAUGGAAGGUGAUCUUGAGGUGUGGGCUGGACCGCUUUCAAACUACAGAGUGGCUGUAGUUCUGUUGAACCGUGGUGCUGGGCGAAAUUCCAUUAUUGCUCACUGGGAUGAUAUUGGGCUCCCUCCAAACACUGCAGUUAUUGCAAGAGACCUUUGGAAGCACAAGAGUCUGGAAACAAAAUUUAUUGGAAAUUUGACAGCAACAGUGGAUUCUCAUGCAUGCAAGAUGUAUAUAUUGAAGCCAGUUUCUUGAGGAUUUCUGAUUCUGUGAUCAGCAUUGCCUUCUUGUCAGCCAACAUCACAAUUAAGUUGUAUUUUUCAAAUAAAAUUGGUAUCCAACAUUCAAAUCGACCACUUUUAAUAAAUUAUCAAACAAGAAAUCUUCCUUUAAUCCUACUA